AUGCCAAAGCGUAAAGCUAAUUGGUGGCCACCUAGCAUCCUCUCGGAUCCAGAUGUGCUUAGUGUAGACGAUGAAGGUCGUUUUGUAUUGUGCAAGAUCUGUCACAUUCACUAUGCUGUUCAUGGUGGAAAGAAACCAAAGCCAGUGAUAAUGAACUCCAACUUUCGAACGCGUGCAUGGGAUGUACACAAAGGUCGAACGAAUUCUCAUCGUAUACAAAAGCAGCAGGAAGGUUUGGAACAGAACAAAGCACAGAUUCAAUUACAGGGAAAAAAUUUAUCAAGAGAUCAGGAAGCGCAGAAGUCGCAGGAAUUAGGACAAGAGAAACAAGGAACACGGAACCAAAUCCAGUCUCCGACUCAACAACAUAGCCAUUCUAUAUCAACAUUAACUACUUCGACAGAAAUGCAGACUCGACCUUGUCAUCUUCAAGAACAGAGUAAACAGACUCAAGGUUUGAAAUCUCCAUCGCGACUUUUACAAGAGCCACAGAAGACGACACAGGAAAAGAAUCAGCUACAGGAUCAGGAACAAUAUCAUCGGCAAGAGCAAGAGAUGAAAGAAAUGAAUGAUAGAGAACAAGGACAUGAACGUUUGGUAACUUGUGAAAGUGCAAUUAAACGAUCGUCGAGUGUGUCAUCGGAUUAUGUUACAGCUACAGCCAUGUCGGAUGCUAGCACUUUGCACCGUACUGCAAAGAUCAAAAAUAGUAAACGACCAGCGACCACAAUACCAAUGACCGGCACUUUAAUACAGAGACGUCGCAUCGUUCGAACAGGUUCUAUCAAAUCAUAUACAGCCAAAUCGGAGGUAAGAGAUGGAGUUGCUAUACUGAAUCGCCCGUCGAUAGCACAAGGUAUUUCAAAAAGAUCGGAACAUUCUAUGGCAAUGGAACAGCAUGCUGACAGCUCAGCACGAUGGCGUCACAUGCACGACGACGUGAGUCGUGCUUUAAAUGCAACACCUCGAAAGCGGCAAGUUGAAUCGACUUUUUAUGCCGGUGGAGAGUUACGAGCCGCAAAACAUUUAACGAAAACUGAAACGGGGGAUCUCGGAAGUAAUAACAGUGAAAGGGUAGCGAAGAAGCUUCGUUCGCUUAACGCAGAGUACCAUGCAAGUAAUAUGCGUCAUGCGGAUGCUUAUAAUAUGCGUCAUUCUGAUGUCUUUGACCGCAGUAGUGCUAGUUACAAAGAGUAUUGGGGUACGCUACGUGACGUCUAUACUUCAUCAGGUACGACAAGUGGAGAAGGAUCACGUCUUGGGAUGGCAACAUCUUUUCGAAAAACACACCAUGUGAGAAAAUCGUCAAUACAAGUAGAUAGCAAAGAACAAGAAGCAGAUUCGACAACGCCUGACGACUCAGGAUCUAGUGAAGAUGCUUUUAAACCAACUGUGGUUAUUCACGACGCUUCGCUUGCUAACGCAAUUGAAAGGCUUACGGAUGCAACAUCAAGUCACAUUGCUACAUUAUGUAGUAAAGAGACAUCAGAUAUUCGAAAAGCACUUGGAACAGUUACGACAGUGUUGACGGACUUGCGUGUGCAGCAUGGCAGCGCCUUUGAACGUAUGAUUGAGCUCCAAGAGAAGCAACUCAAAGUGAUGGAAGGGAUAUUAGAAAUUAAAUUACGAAAAGAGGCAGCACGCAAUGGCAAUGGGAUGUCGAGUUCUGACGAUAAUUAUGGGAGCAGCCAAGAUACAAAAAUUGCGUUCAGUGCUUAA